UUCACUCUAGCAUGACAUCAAUGAAAACACAUUGUCUGAAGUGAUACCAGAUACUUUGAUUGUGGUGAUAUCAUUCAUUAUAGAUACAUGGAAAAGUUUAAGUGGGGUUUUCAUUGUCAUCACCAAUAAUAUCGAGUGAAAACUAUGAUACUUAAAGAACUACUGUUGGAGAUUCAGACGUAAACACUCGCAAGGGAAGUGCGUUAAGGGAGGUUACUCUUUUGUAAACACGGAGGGUGACAACUGAGGAGGGAGGCAUUUAUAACGUUUUCUCUGCGUUAAGCAUCAAUACAAAAACCAAGGGGAAAAUGCCUUUUGUUUUGAUUAGUACACAGAUAAGACUGGAAACUGGUCCAACAGUUUGUGGAGAUGAAUGGAGUGACCCAGAUUUGAUGGAAUAUCUUGGAGCCAGAUUGACAAAAGCCUUAGGAAAUAACUUUAAAGAAUACAUUUCUGUAGACCCAGUGAGGAUUAUACUGGACAAGUUAGAGAAGAGGGGAUACAAAGUAAUAGCCAUGACUGGUCUUGGUCAGACAUGUAUAUGGACACUCCAAAAGGAUUCACAAGAUUCUUAGGAUUGUGUUAUGAAAUAUGCUUGACAAAAUAUAUUUUUUGUAUUAGUGAAAAUGUUGUGAAAACAAUUCAUAUUGUGCAGGAUAGACAUGUCUAUAAAUUUUCACAUAUCUACAUUCCAUAAAUGCUUGCAUGGAUAAUGCAGUGUUUAACAAUAAAUAAUACAAACUUGA